UUGCUCCUCCACACGAUAAAAAUAGAGUUAGUGCAUCGAAACAAUCAUGAUGUAAUUUUAACAUGGUUUUCGAGCUCAAGCGACCGGGUCCAAGUCUGGGGACAGUUGCAGGAUUGCUCCUGCCCUGAAAAUUAGAUCUUCCCUUUUUCGGUAUUUCGGGCCAGCAAACUGGGGAGCUCAUUUAGUAGCUGGCAUCUGGUCCAUGAGUUAGAUGUCGCUGAUCAGAGGCAAUUCUCCACCCUUGAGUCUUGCGCCGUCCUUAUUAUCAUCCAUUUCUGAAAUCACCACCUCCCUGUUGUGCAUAGAUAUCGAAAGGGAAACCUUUAUUCAAUUUGGGUGUUACAUUUACCGAGCGUCUUCUGCUAUCAUGGAGUUGCAGACAACCAAGAAUGCUCCAAGAAAUGCAGCCGAGAUUCUUCAGUCAAUUUCCCGGAAAAUUGAUCUUGCGAGGGAUUUAGUUUCCAAAUGUCAAACAGGCACAUCCUCAGUUUCUGAUGCUGAACUGAGGCUCCUCGUAUCACAACUUGAGGAAGUAACGAAGCACAUAGGGGAGGACUUGAGCUCAAUACCACCUUCAACAUUCGAGGACCAGAAUUAUGUCAGAGUUGCUGUCAGAAGCUUGUCUGACGAGAUGCAGCAUGCCUGCUUCCGAGUUGCACAAUCAGAGACAGAAAAACAAGGAGAGGUGGAAACUCAGCCUAAACAAACAGAAGAAGCACAACUCGAGACAGAUCUUUACUCUGUGAAUGUUGAAGUUUCUAUGAUGAGUUCCAACUUCUCGAUUGAAUCAGAUUCAAGUGGAUUUUCUCAAAGCAUUGGUAGCAUCUUAAUGAAGCCUCGGAGGAUGAGCAGGAACUCAACAGGACACCAAUUCGGUGAUCAGUUUGUUGAGCCAAUGUACGGGACAUUCUACUGCCCGCUUUUGAAGAAAAUUAUGGAGGAUCCCGUCACUACUGAGACUGGAGUCACAUAUGAAAGGAAAGCGAUUGCAGAGUGGUUUAAUAAGUUUGACAAGACGGGCGACUUUUUCUGCCCAACCACAGGGAAAAAGUUGAGUAGUCGAGUCCUGAGCACAAAUAUGGCUCUGAAGACAACCAUAGAGGAGUGGAAGGAUCGGAAUGAAGCAGGGAGAAUCAAGAUUGCUCGUGCCGCACUCUCUUUGGCUAGUUCACCGACAAUGGUGCUUGAAGCAAUAGAAGAACUUGCACAAAUUUGCAAAAGGAAAUGCUUCAACAAGGUACAAGUCUGCAACAUAGGAAUAUUGCCAAAACUAGUCAAGCUUCUGGGUUACAAGGACAGAAGCGUGAGAAGUGCUUCGCUUGAUUUGCUGCGACAGUUGGCCGAGGAUGACAAUGAUGGCAAGGAAAUGAUCGCAAACUCCAUGGAUCUAUCCAUACUAGUGAGAAUGCUGUCAAGCAGUCACCAAGCCACGAGGAAAGCAGCAUUGCUGUUAUUGCUCGAGCUUUCAAAGUCCCAAUCACUCUGCAAAAAGAUCGGCUCAGUUAAUGGAGCAAUGUUGGUUCUGAUCUCGACUAAGUACAAUUCUACUGACUCAUUUGCUCCUGCUAAAGCAACUGAGAUCUUAAGGAAUCUCGAGUCCUGGCCAAACAACAUCAAGUAUAUGGCUGAAAAUGGAUACGUAGAACCACUGCUGAACCAUCUUACUGAAGGUAAUGAAGAGAUUAAGCAGGAGAUGGCGACCUACCUCGGGGAGAUCUACCUCGAUCACGACACACAGACUUAUGUCGCUGAGAGAGCUGCCUCUUCGCUUAUGGCAAUGGUGCAGAGAGGUAAUGGCUUUAUGAGGACGCCGGGGUUUAAAGCUCUGGCCAGGAUCUCCACUUACCAUCCAAACAGCAAAGUUCUCGUCGAAGCUGGAAUCGUCCCACUCAUGAUUGAAGAGAUGUUCAAUCGCCAAAUCUCUGAUGAUAUGAUGAACUCGAAAGCAGAAGCCGCCUCGAUUCUUGCAAAUAUAAUCGACUCGGGAAUAGAUCUAGAGAAGAUCGAGGUGAACUCUCAUGGCCACACAAUGGCGUCAGACUAUAUCGUCUACAACAUAGUCUACAUGCUGGGGAGUUCGACUCCGGACGAGCUCAACAUCAACCUCAUCAAGAUUCUCCUGUGCAUGACCAAGUCCGAGAAAUUGAUGGCCACGAUCGUGUCUGUCCUAAAAGAGAAUGAAGGAAGCUACACUCUGAUUGAGCUGAUCAAUAAUCCAGAGGAAGAACUCUCCUUGGCAGCUAUAAAGCUUCUGCUAACAGUUUCUUCCCAUAUCGGCCACAUGAUAUCGGAAAGGCUCUGCAAGACAAACGGCUUACCCGAAAAUCUCAUCCAGAUGGGCCCCUCAAUGGAUAAUCAGAUCAUGGAGAAGCAAGCGAUAUCUGCGAAAUUUCUUGACAAACUUCCCCACAAGAACCUGACUCUCAACCUCGCCAUUCUAAAUAAGGGACUAAUACCCGAUAUCUUGCAUAAUAUCGAACAAGUACAACGAAGUGGGACUAGAUCGAGCAAGUAUGGAAACACUUACUUAGAAGGCCUCACAGGCAUUUUGGUUAGAUUCACCACCACUCUGUAUGAUCCUCAGAUAAUUACUGUUGCAAGAAAGUACAACUUCACGUCAGUGUUCACGGACCUGCUGACGAAGGCAUCGAGUGAUGAGGUCCAAAGGCUGUCAGCAACUGGGUUGAAGAACCUCUCAGCAGAGUCUGUGAACCUGUCAAAGCCUCCAGAGAUGAAGAAACCCAAGUUCAUGAAAGUGAUCUCCCUGCCCCAGUCUCUGUCCUUCCGCUCCUCAUCGAGGAAAUUGAAAAUGCCAGUCUGCCCUGUCCACCGAGGAGCCUGUUCCUCGCAGAACACAUUCUGUCUGAUCGAUGCCAAGGCCGUGGAGAGGCUGCUGGGCUGUCUGCAGCACGAGAAUGCUGAGGUUGUUGAGGCUGCGCUGUCAGCUCUAUGCACACUGCUAGAUGACGGGGUCGAUGUGGACAAGAGCUUGAAUGUCUUGAACGGAUCGAAUGCUGUUCAGCACGUCCUGAAUGUGGUGAAGGAUCACAGGGAGGAAAGGCUGUGGCAGAAGUCAUUUUGGAUGAUCGAGAGGUUCUUGGCCAGGGGAGGGGAUGACAAUAGCUCCUCCACCUCCUGCAUAUCACAGGACAGGUUGUUGCACACGGCGCUCAUCACUGCAUUCCACAGAGGGGACGGGACAACAAAGCAAGUGGCGGAGAGGAUACUGAGGCACUUGAACAAGAUGCCCCAGGAUUCUUCUUCCAUUUGCAUAGCAUCCAUGAGCACUACCCUCUGAAGAGAAAAGAGCAGAACUGUACGCUGACUUUAUGUCGAGCUCUGUAAUCAGUGGCAUUCAUCCCUACCAAUGCCAUCAAUCUUGUAAAAUGCGUAGCACUUGGCAAAUCCAAAAGAAUAUGAGUUGAAAGCAAGGAUUGUACCUACGGCCAUUUCGGCUAUUGAAAGAACAGAAAAUUGAAGCAACUCCUGAGGAUUUUCAUGGUCAUGUUGAAAGCAAUAAAUCACUGAAUGAGAGAAGAAUUGAAGAAAACAUAGGGCAGAGGAAGCAGUCAUUACAGUUAA